AUGCCGCCCGAGUCGCGCUCCCCUGCCCGCGCUGCCCCCGCUUCCCCGCCGCUAGACAAAGUUUACCCCCCUCCGCCCGCCAACGAGCGCCCGUGGUCCGCGGGCGACGCGGCGGCGGCGCGGCAGGCGGAAAAGGAGGCGGAGAAGUUGGCGCAGCAGGAGGCGCGGUUGCAGCGGGAGCUGGCGCGGGAGGUGGCGGAGCGAGAGGCGGAACGGCUGGCGGCGCAGAAGGAGAACCAGCGGCGGCAGAAGGAGCAGACGGAGAAGCUGCGCGCGGAGGCGCGGGGAGAUGCGCAGCAGGGGGAAGUAGAGCAAGGGGGAGCGGAGCAAGAGGAUGUGGGGAAAGGGGGAGUGAAAGAGGGCGCGGAAGGGGGCGCGGGGAAGCUCGAAGGUGACGUGGCAGCGGACCAGAAGGAAGCGGCUGUAGCAGAGCUAACGAAAAGCCGUAGCAGCAGCAGGAGCAGCGGCAGGAAGAAAGAGAGCGAGGAGGGCGGAGAGCAGGCGUUGGUGGGGCGCAGCCUGGAGGAGAUGGAGCAACUCGCCAUGGCGCUCGGGGAGCAAAAGUACCGGGGGCGGCAGCUGCACCAGUUCGUGUAUGCCAACAAGGGCUGCGAGCUCAGCGAGCUGAAGCAGCUGCCGCUUGCGUUUCGAGAGCGCUUGUCGGAGAGGGGAGUGGUGGUGGGGCGCCCUCCCGUGCACCACGUCGCCGCUGCUGCUGAUGGCACCGCUAAGCUGCUGCUGCGGCUAACGGACAACAGGCUGGUGGAGGCGGUGGGUAUUCCCAUGGAGGGCAGCCGCAAGGGCGCUCACCACCUCACCGCCUGCAUCUCCUCGCAGGUGGGCUGUCCCCUCCGGUGCUCCUUCUGCGCGACAGGCAAGGGCGGGUUCGCGCGCAACUUAAAGCCGUACGAGAUAGUGGCGCAGGUGCUGGCGGUGGAGGCGCUGUUCCAGCACCGUGUGACCAACAUCGUCUUCAUGGGCAUGGGCGAGCCGCUGCUCAACCUCCCCGCUGUGCUGCGCGCUCAUAAGUGCCUCAACCAGGACGUGGGCAUAGGGCAGCGCAACAUCACCAUAUCCACCGUGGGCGUGCCCAACGCCAUUGCUCGCCUCGCCCAGCACAAGCUACAGUCCACCCUCGCAGUCAGUCUGCACGCGCCCAACCAGCAGCUGAGGGAGGCGCUGGUACCGUCAGCCAAGGCGUACCCCAUAGAGGCGCUUCUGGCGGACUGCCGUGCCUAUUUCAACACCACUGGCCGCCGCGUCUCCUUUGAAUACACUCUGCUCGCGGGGGUGAACGACCAGGUGGAGCAUGCACGGGAGCUGGCAUCGCUGCUGCGGCGCCAUGGCGUGGCGCACCAUGUGAACGUCAUCCCCUUCAACCCCAUCUCCGACUCGCUCUAUCGCCGCCCUAGCAAACCCUAUGUGAUGGCGUUUGUGGAGGAGCUGAGGAACCAGAGGAUCACGGCGUCUGUAAGGCACACUCGGGGCAUGGAGGCAAAUGCAGCGUGCGGGCAGCUCAGAAAUGAUUUCCAGAAGGUUCCGCUGAGCGUGGCAAUGGCGGGGGAUGGAGAGCCUCUUGCAGAGAGCCUUUCAGCUCUGGCAUAA